AUGACUGCCGUCCCGCGCCAUCCUCUCCACAGCCUAGGACCAGUCCACCCUCCCCAGGUGGAGAAGAGCGCCACCGAGCCCCCGAUCGCAAGACAUGUCGACAUCCACGUCAGGGAUCCGCUGGACCAUGAUGCGCCGGCUAUCCUCCACGAACCGCGCAGCUACAGCACCACCGAGGCGAAACGGUCGGCGGUGGUAUUGGUUAGCGGUGCGGGAGGAGGAGUGAGCGGGCCUGCGGGAAUCUACCCCUCCCUCGCCGACAAACUCGCUCUCCUCCUCUCCAUCCCCUGCAUCCGUCUCGACUACCGCCAGCCCGCACACACCGACUAUUGCGCCGCCGACAUCCGCGCCUCCUUCACCUACCUGAACCGGCACUUCAGCUCGUCGCACUUCGUACUCGUCGGCUGGUCCUUCAGCGGCAGCCCGUGCUUCACCGUCGCGGCGCAGGAACCCGACCGCGUGCGCGGCGUGGCCACCGUCGCCUCGCAGACGGCGCACACGGCCGGCAUCCGCCAGCUGAGUCCGCGCCCGGUGCUGCUGAUGCACGGCACCGGUGACCGCGUGCUGUCGGCGACGUGCUCGGAGACACUGUACCGCGCGUAUGGGACCACGGGCCCGCGCGAGCUGAAGCUCUUCCCCGGGGAUGACCAUGGGCUCACGUGGCAUGCGCCGGAGGUGGAGCGGAUGAUUCUGGAGUUUGCGGCGCGCGCGCUGGGGUUCGACGUGCUGUUGAACCAGGCGGUGUUGGAGCAGGCCGGGCAGGACCUUGUUGGGAGUCGGGAUGAGAGGAUUCGUGAGAUGCAGGAGGGGCAUGAUCUGGAGGGUGGGGAGAGAUUGGAGGGUUAG